AUGUGUGAUGUUAUUCCUAAGUUUCACCCCACUGUGACCAGCCUCACGUCCGGCGCCGCGCUGCACCCCGCCGCCUCCCACCUCCAACGCCGCGCCGCGCCCCCACCUCCCACCUCCGGCGCCGCGCCGCGCCCCCCGCCUCCCAUCUCCGGAGACGCGCCGUGCCCCCGCCUCCCCGCCUCCCAGCGAUGCGCCGCGCCCCCGCCUCCCACCUCUGGCCGUCCCACCACCAUCCCGGCGACCCGCCGUCUCACCACCAUCGCCCCGUUCCCUCUGCUACCACCACGCCACUGGUUCCCCUCACCUCUGCCACCACCAACUUCUCUUCCCACCACCACCACACCGACGCUCUGCCCACCCGCUGGCGGCCGCCCCCAUAGCGCGUCGUCCUGCUCCUCGUCGUGUGUCCGACACCUCCGCCCCACCACAGUCGCCAACCUCACGCACCGGCCUGCAUCCCCUCCCCACUCCUCGACGUCAAGUUCAGGUGUGUGAGUUGGAGAAGAGUGUUCGUGCAGGGAGGAAGGUUGAGGAGAAAGAAUUUGUUGUCUUGACAGAGCUGCUUAUGGUGCAGCCGCUGAAACUCGAUGGCAUAGAGGCAGAGGGAAAAGCAAGGGCACAAAGGAAGGCAGAGUUCGCCGAUGGGAUCCGCAGGUCAGCCCCUCAUCUUCCACAAAUUACUCUUCAGUCUUCUCUCCCAGGCUGUUCACAGCCGCCACCCUAGUCCGUUCAUCACUGCCAACUGAGGCCGUUCAAUGACGCAAAUGAGUACAUCUACUGACAAUCGUGGAAGAAUGACUGAGGGGACCAAGCGCUAGUAGAAUACUACAGGGAAGCAGGGACAUUCAAUGCUACUGGAUUGUGCACCUGGUAGUCCAAACUUACACCAGAUGACCGGUGACCAACUUCCCUGCCUCUACAAGCUCCUCGAGGAUGACUUGGUGGUAGCUGGGAUCCCCUAAAGCGGCCAAAUCCUGGUGCACCCAGCCGCCGCUCGUGAUCCCCUCUCCUUCAGCUCCACUUCGCGGCACUGUCAGUCCACAGGAGUAGGGGCAGGUGCCCAUCAACAAAAAGGAACAAACGGUAUAUGCUUGGAAACUUAAAAUUCUGUACACAUUUGGGAAACAUAUGUUAUAGCUUCUUUCAAAGUUCAAAACAGAUGGUACAGGAAGUACAUGUAUUCAUGUGGGUGCUUGAAAGUUCUGUACAGGAAUAGGCCGAUGAUUUUUGUGCUAUGAAUAAUAUGAUUUAUGUACAUGUAUUAUAUGUGUGGAAA